AAGAGGAGAGCCGCUUUCGUGUGGCGAAGAGAGAAAGAGAGCGACCUUUCGGCGCGUACGACGCGACACGCUCGCGGGCGUCAUUAGUCGGCGCGAGCGACCCGAGGGAGGUGGAACGUGGAGCCCCGCUUCAAGAUGGCCGCCCCUCGUGUCGCGUGCGUAGCGCGAAGGAACGUUGCGUCGCCACGUAGCCUGCUCGCGUAACUCCUCCGCGUGAUUUCCACGGUGAGGAAGAUCCCCCGUAACGGUCAGCUCCACGUCCUCUCCGCUGUCGGUUUCGUAUCCCCGAGGGAAGGAGGCGCGAACGUUGGUGCUCGAGGACCUACGGCGUCAGCGAAUUGUCGUCGGCGACGGCCUGUCCCCGACAGCGCGUCUCGGCAUCUUCCUCGAGGCGCACACAGCUCGUCCUUGAGCGCGCUCUUUUGUGGUUAUGUGGUGAAGCCUUCAGCGAGCCACCACAGGUUUCUGCGACGCGACUACACGGUGACGUUCAACAGCAGGAUGAACAGGGGCAACGAGAACAACUUAUCGCUGGUGCCGCCGCCGGCGAUCCGCGUCGGUCCCAUCGUUACUCCCGGCACCAAUGAGACCAUCUCCAUCGUGAUACCGUUAUCAGCGCAACUGGCCACAAUGACUGGUCAAAAGAUCAACAAGAAUCCCAAAGAUUGUAGCAAGGACCCGAAACAAACGCCCACCGCCACCAAUACCACUCGAAGUCCGAGGAACGACCGAACAAAGGGCUGUCCUUAUCCCACAUGCUCACGAUUCGGACGAGCGUUUUCUCGAGCGCACGAUCUGAAAAGGCACAUUAUCCGACACGCGAUGCGCAAAGAGAAGCUGCAACAGACCGACGAGCAUAAGAUCGACGUGGAGAACAUCACGAACGACGCGACCCUUCGGAACGCUCUUUUACGCGGCAUAGACGACAAGAGCGGCUAUCCUUGCCCGCGUUGCAGGAAGAGAUGUAACGACGAAGACAAACUCAGGGCACACUUGGCCUCACACUAUAAGCCAUCACCGAGAAAUGGCCAUAUAAAGCUUGAGGAUCAUGCCAAGGCCCUGCUGCAGGGUCAAAUGGACAAGUCCGCGGUGCCGAAGGAUCAUACCACCGAUGCCGACGAUUUUCUGUUAGAGGAAAUGCUGUUAUUGAAAAAAGAGCCUCGAAGAUCGGACAAGGGCGAGUCAAAGAUCAGGUGCGAUUACUGUUCGAAAACUUUCAAGACCAAGUGGACCCUCAGCUCGCACGUGGCCGCUCACGAGGGUCGCUUUCAGUUCGAUUGCGGCCAGUGUGGUAAGAAGUUUGUCAGGAAGAGCCAUUUUGAGGGCCAUGUACGCUCUCACGAGGCCGCGAGGCCAUACGUCUGCGAGCAGUGUGGCAAGACGUUCAAGGAACUCAAACAUCGCCGCGAGCAUACCAAGAGGAAGCACUCGGGUAAUCAGAACGCGAUACAGACCUUGUUGGACAGCAUCGGGCCCUGCGCCGAAGAAGCCAACAUCGAUCAGACCAAGUUUACCUUGCUGAUGCCGGUGAACUUCAGCGCAUAAAGCGCCAGAAAAAACAGGCCUUCGACUCCUUAAGAGCUUGCUUUGGACUUUCGAAUUCUCAACAAAUCUUCUGAUCCUCUGAAAACAACCCCCCCAUCCAUUCGUGAAACUCCAAAUUCUUGGAACGUCCUCUUACAACGUUUCGAUUUUCGAAAUGUAACUUCUUUCUUGGAUCUUUGAUGGAUGCUUGACAAAUCGGACCUUAAUAAAGACGUGGAAUUUUCGGGCUGUCAAAUCCUUGAUUUGGCUAUUCGGAAUUUAAGGUCCUCGAGAUUGUGUGAUCCGCCGGUACUCUGUGUAUUCAAGAUUUUUGUGCUCCGCAAACAGUGAUGAAUUCUCGGAGCUUCAGAAUUUGAAUCUUUGGAUGCUCGCAAUUUUAGUGGUUUUCCGCGAUCAGAAAGUGAUACCUUGUUGAUAAUGACGAUGAAUUUCUAAAUUGGAUCAUGAAAUAUUUGGCAGACUUUAGUAAGGAUAUGCUGAUUAUUGUGUUGACUAUAUUUGACCUGCUAUUCUAUACUUCGCGAGAAAUGUCGACAAAAAUAAAUCUUGGAUAAGAAUAUAAUGCUAUUA